UCGAGCCAACUCUGAAAACUCAAAAGCUCCAGCGACACAACGCUUUCACUCACCCAAACACAGAGAAAGAAACGAAGAAAAGAAGAAAAAAAAAUAAUGAGCGAAGAAAAUUUGGAAGAAUGGGACGCCAGUUUCCUGGAGGAACUUAUCCAAGUUGAAGAACUCGCUCUCUCUUCCUCUUCUGUUACCCAGAACAACCCUCCUUCUUCCUCUUAUUUACGGCCUCUGCCACCGCCAUCAGACAAACCCCUACAUUUUCCGCCGCCAUCCCGCAUUGACUCCCUCAGUUACUCGCCUCCCAGAGAGCUCUCCCAGAGAACCGCCGAUGUCGGUGGCGCAUUCACUUCGAAUGGCGUUGUUGCUAAAUCAGCUACUCCUUCGACUCCGGUGCGGUGCGUUCGCGGUUCUGAUAACGCUAAGGAUCUCGAAAUUGAGCGCUUAAAGAAGGAGCUGGGACGCGUUUCAAAGCAGCUUGCCAACUUGGAACAUGAGUGCUUCAAACUGAAGAAGGAAAGAAACAAGGAGGAUCAGCUUACAUUUGCUGAUUCAAGGAAUGAGGUGAAAGUUGCUAAUUUUCAUGGCUCGAGGAUUGCAAACUUAGAACAUGGAAUCCCGGUUGCAGAGCACCAUGGGGUUAGACAAGAACUUCCAAAUGCAAAAGCUUUUGAUGAUCAGAUUGGCCUGCAUACAGCCAAGUCAAGCUGUAAGGCAAUCGGAGUUCAGGCAGAUCUAAAUACUUGUCUUGAUCUUUCUAAGAAGUUGCAGGACAUCUGGGGCUUGCCAAGUGACCAACAGUUUGGUAGAAAUCUGAUAUCCAAGUUGUUUGCAGUCUGUUCGAAAGAUAUUAACGUCCUGUUUGGCUUCAUUAGUAUAAGCUCACCUUCCAAAACCAUGGAACCACUGGCAGUUAAGAGCUCUGUCGAUAUGGCUUUGCAGCAUUCUAUGCAGCCUUUUCAUAGUUCUGAAGCUGCUAAAGUAUCUCGUUUCUACUCUGCUCUGACAAAGAUUGGUAAUGGAAUGUCGCAGUUGGAGGCUCUAUUUGAAUCGUUAUUUGAUCUCUGUAGUGUUGAAAAUGUAGUUAUUGUUUAUAGUUCGCUCUGUAUACUAUAUGUCUUGUUGAAGCACCUUCUUACUUUUGAAAGGAAAUCCAAAGGAAGGGACAAUUUCUUGGCUGAGUGUCUUCACUCUGGGAGCAGCAUUGAUGAUAUAUUUGGAUGUGAAACUAGAGGACGGGAUUGUGUUGGCAUGGAUGGGACUUAUGGAAGUUGCAUGCCAACUGGAGUAAGACCUUCUGAAGCAGAAACUCUGUGCAAGAAAGGACAUUGCAGUACGGGCUCUUCGUUGCUUUUUUCAUGUAUAAACUGGAUUUAUCUCUUUGAAUCGAUGCAUCACAUUGUGAUGAAGAGUAGUGAAGAGUGUGUAAGAUUGAAAGCAGUCUCAAUUAUGAAUGUGAUUCUGAUGAGAACUGAUGCUUACACCGACAGAGAAAAGUUUGGCCUUAUUCAAGUGUUUGGAAGUAUUUCACAACUGCUUAGAAAGGAAGCUGGAUUGCUUGCACAAAAGGAGGCUGUGCACACUCUCCACCUGCUUUUAAAUUGUCCUAAGUUGGUGGUCACAUUCUGCUGUGGUUGCACAGUGGCAGCAGGUGCUGACACUGACAAGGAAAACACUGCUGCUUUUCAAGAAUUUACUCUGAUUCUCCAGGGGUUGGCUGACUGUAUAGCUUGCUCUGGGAAUAGUUUACAAGCUUUGGAACUUCGCAAAAAUGCAAUCACUUUACUGGCUUUCAUAGCCUCAUCUGGAAAAUUUGGGUUUGAAAUACUAGUGAAUUACAAGCUAUCUGGAGAGGCAAAUUUUCUAACACUGAUUCUGCAACUAUUGGUAUCUGAGAUAGACUUAGAAGCAUCAGUCUAUCCUGAGUCUGGUGAAACCUUUAGAGCAAGGACGUUAUUGAUACGGGAAGUGCUGAUAUUACUUAAUAGACUUGUGUCCAACCCAGUACACUCUGCGACUGUCUUGAGAUUAUUAACCAACAGCAGGGAUAUGGUCAGUUUAACCAUUGAUGUUGCAAACAGGUUGUCCAGAAAAGAACCGAAACGAAGGCAUUCUGACAGCAUAACUAAGCAGAUGAGAGAAUCUGAAAUUGUCGACUUGGGACAAAUAUUCAAGAGAAGGGUUUCGACUUAUCUAGGAGAAUAACUGUCUGGUGCAGUAAAAAAUAAUCUGUAAAUUGUGGCUUUUUCUCAGAGAAAGAAGCUGAGGCUUUGGUGGAGGGUGCGUCUAGGGAUUGGGCGAGGUGUGAGAGCUCUAUACUGCUUCAUCUCAUCGGAAAAUUUUGACAAUAUCUUGAUAUAGUUAAGGCCGAAGCAAUUUUGAAGCACAAUUAGCUGAUUUUUAACUUAUAAGUGUAGUUAGGGCUUUGCAUAUUCAGUUUCAUGUGCAAGAACCAUUAUAAGUGUUUCUCUACGUAAAAGAGGCCCAGUUCUUUUCUUCAAACUCAUAGAAUGAGAAAAAUUCUGGAUAAAUUUGUUGUCGAAAUUGAUGGUUUGAUUUUACAGGUUGCAAAAUAGGGCAGGGCCUUUGUGGCUGUCUAUUGGCAAAUCCAGAACAAUAUUACAAACUGGCUAUUCACAAUUAUUUAAAACGAGUUUGAAGCGUGUCGCUGCU